AUGAUGACUUGGGUGUCUGAACCAAACGAACUUAUCAAACAAACCCAUAUUUUCCAUGAGAAUCUUACCAAGAUUGUCAAUGUAAGUUUUCAAAAAGUCUUUGCCAAACUCGAAGAUCUUCAAGAAGAAUUUGCGCUUGCAUCCAAAGCUAGGCCCUUGGUUGCAAAAGGGGGAGAAGGAGUUAGUACUAGUGGUUAUCAACUGAGACAAUGGCAACCAAGUCAAGUCUUUCAGCUUAGAGACAAAACACCAAUAACAAAGAGAUUGAUGAAGAGGAUGAUGACAUGCUUGAUGGUGUCAAAGUGA